CAUCACAUUGUGUGACUCAACUAAACAUCUAUGACUUCGUCUCACUACUUUUCUAGCAGUUUGCUUUAAGCAGAMUUCAAAAUGGACUUCAAAUCGAUUACUUAGCUCUCCAUUAGCUAAAAUACAGAGUCGUUUGUUUGAAAAACUGCAACUAUAAAUUUUCUAGUGAUUAUAAUUUAUCACCUGAAGUAUGUUUCCGCAGCAGAACGGACAUGGCGUCAAGAAACCAAGAAUAACAAAUGUCAAAGUUGUUAGCAUAGAAAAGCGAAAGGAUACGAAAAAUCUGGAGUUCCUUCUCAAUGUUAGUUGGUCAAAUGGCGAUACGAGAACAAUAGCUCGACAGUACAGUAUGUUUUUUGAUUUACUGGGUGGAAUUAAGAUGAUUUUUCAAGACGUUUCUGGUGUUGUAAUUCCAGAUCUUCCAGUUCCUAAGUUCCAYGUCGCGAUGUUAUUCUCAUCGUUGGCCAAGAAAGAAAGCCGAGUAAUAGAAGAGUUCUGUCAGAAACUGACCAAACUCCCCCCUGUAAUCUCCCAGUCGGAUAUUCUAGAGAAGUUCUUCAGCGAAUGGGGAACUGAUGUUGUAUACAGAGAAUCUAAAACAAGAAACUCCGUCCCUGUAUCCAGGUAUCUGGAUUGCGGUUCAAUCUUAUACAGCUCAAAGUACAGACGAAGUCAGCUACAAGAAAGGCGAUGAAAUGGAAGUAAUAGCAACAAGUAAUAUUGGAUGGUGGAAAGUUCGAUGUCAUGGAAAAGUUGCCGUGACACCCGCUUCUAAUCUGAUACCAAAACCAACACAAAACGACUCAGUGUUUGAUAAUCCUGUUUAUGAUGAUGGGCCSAUUCGAAGAAGGGCUUCGUUCACUGGUAUGGGUACUAUUUAUGCCAGUAUAAGAAACCCACCACCCAGAAGAGACUCAAGCAAGAAAAAGAUACCAUUGCCUAAUGAGCCAGUUAAGGAUGCUACGCUAGCGUACGCUUCUGUUUAUGUCACGAAGGAUGAAUUCCUGUCGUCACGUCCACAGAACGAUGUACAAGAGACAAGUAAUGAAGAAGAAGAUAUCUACUCGAAAAUUAUUCCUAAACACCUCAGAUCUCCAAGAAGUCCUAAACACCGAAAGAACAAGAUUGAUGACAUUUACGAGGAAGUCCAUGAUGAAGGCCCACCGCCUAUUCCAGUAUGCUUUGUCGAUGAAACAGCAACGUUAGCCAGAAGAAAAGAUGAGGAAGCUGAAAAUCAGCCUCAAAGAAGAAAAUCCGCCGAUGAACUGAACUCUACCAAUACAAAAACACAUGGUUAUUUGAAUGUUGUACAAGCAGAUGAAGCUCAGAAAGGAACCAACUUGUACCGAGCUGUUACCGAGUACCAGGUCCCAAUGGAUCGUCACGAUGACCUGCCCCUCCCUGCUGGGUGCAUAGUAAGAGCGCURACUAAGGACGGUACUUUCUUCUUUGUAUCAACACUCGAUGAACCUCCCAARCAGGGAUGGGUACCGGAAGACAUCUUGGAAAAUGUGCACGCUAAAACUAAUAGUGGUCAUCGCAGAUCACGAUCGCUUGGUGACAUUUUAGCAGAACCUCUUCAGUCACAGCCUGAUGUUAGCGUUACUAUUAAUAUACAAGAACUUCACCAUCGGACGCCCGUAGUAGCACCUCGUCAAGAUAGAACGCGACGAUAUUUCUCGUUUGAUGCUACAGCCAACUCAAAGGAUGAUCACCAUGUCGACACACAGAAUGUUUAUCGUGGUGACCAGGAAAUGGCCUCUGAAAUACAAUCUCUAAAAAUAUCCACUUUGAAAGAGACAGAAACCUGGUUUCACGGGAAGAUGAAUCGACAAUCCUGUGAGGAACACAUGCUACGGGUAAGUUGUCAUGAAAUAACUCACGUAACGCUACAUGCACUUGAACAAGUUAGACAAGGGAAAAAUAUAAUAUAUUUUCAAAUUCCCAUACCGGGAGUCGAACCCGGGCCGCCUGGGUGAAAGCCAUGGAAUCCUAACCGCUAGACCAUAUGGGAAGAUGUGAUUGAAUUGAAAUAACUGAUGUAACUAUAUAUGCACUUGAACAAGUUUGACAAGGGAAAAAUAUAAAAUGAUUUCAAAUUCCCAUACCGGGAGUCGAACCCGGGCCGCCUGGGUGA